AUGGCCUGGCGAUCCUCAGGCUCAACCAAUGAGACCCUGAUAGAGAACCUCGCACGCAAUGGCCUGAUCAAACAAGAUCGAGUGAAACAGGCCAUGCUGGCCGUCGAUCGCGCCCACUACGCACCUCAUGCACCCUACCAAGACUCCCCCCAACCCAUUGGCCACCGCGCCACGAUCUCAGCCCCUCAUAUGCACGCUGCAGCUUGCGAGUCGUUACUGCCGUAUCUCAGACCUGGAUCACGAGUACUAGACGUAGGGUCAGGUUCGGGGUACCUUACCCAUGUGCUUGCUGAGCAAGUGAGGCCUGGUGGGAAAGUUGUUGGAAUUGAGCAUAUCCAGCCGCUGGUGGAGAUGGGUGUGCAGAAUACAAGGAAGAGUGCUGAAGGGAGGGAUUUGAUGGAGAGUGGUGGGAUUAAGUAUGUCAAGGCUGAUGGCAGGUUAGGGUGGCAGGAGGAGGCGCCUUAUGAUGCUAUACAUGUCGGUGCAGCGGCUGCGGACUUCCAUCAAGCGUUGAUUGAUCAGCUGAAGGCUCCUGGACGUCUCUUCAUGCCCGUCGAGGAGGAUUCUGAACAACAUAUCUAUAUCAUUGACAAGAAGGAAGAUGGUACAGUUACUAAGACCAAGGAUAUGGGUGUUCGAUACGUCCCCUUGACGAAUGCACCAGCAGCGUGA